GCAGCAGCAGCAGCAGCAGCAGCAGCAACACCAACGGCAGCCAUCGUUUGCCGACACCCUACACACGUCCCCCUACACACGUCCCCCCACACACGUGCGCGACCCGUGCUUCGAGUUCCGUUGCAGCACAUCACACACACGCGCGCGCGCGCAAACUCCCCUACCAUUGCCGCGCACCGUUCCAUUCAUUGAUCGCAGCCGCUUUUGAGUGCUGAUUCCUGCCUGGCAUUGGCUCGGCUCACUGACAAUCCGAACACUGCACCAGUCCAUCCAUCCAUCCAACUCCAUCAAUCCAAUCCAAUCUCAGCCAAUUCAUCCACGAGUUGACCCAAAGCCCCGCCCGCACAACAACAGCAGUGGCAACACCACCAUCAUCACCAACACCACCACCAGCAACAAGUCAGGCACACCAGUGGCAACCGUCGCGCCGCCACAAGCACAAACAAAGGCCAGCCAAACAAACGGAAACCAGCCAGCCAGCUAGUCAGCCGGCCAGCUCGCUCACAACGACUGUUCCUCCACCCUCAAUUGCUCGCCUCGCCCUUCCACUUUCUCCUUCGCCGCCGCGGCCGCCUGCUUGUGCGUGUGCGUGUGCGUGUGCGUGUGCGUGCGUCCAGGCACGAAACAAAGCGCACUUGCUUUGGUGUUGGCAUUGGGCGACUGCAGCCGCUCGUGACAACUUCCACACCCCACCACGGUCCAGGUACCCGCCAUCAAGGCCACCGCCACCGCCGCCAUGCAGGCCUCGGAGGCUGGGCAACGGCACACGCCCUCGCUGUCAUUAAUCAACACACACUCGGAUCUCCCGCCGCCCUCGCCACGCUCCAUCAAGAAGCGCAUUGACCGUCUCUACAGAGUCGGCAUCGAUAAGUCCAUUGCCAGCCAGGUGGUGGAACAGGCGCCGCAGUGCACAUUCGAGACGCAUCUUGAGCAAGGCAUCGUGGCCAUGACGCAAGCCAUGAAGACCAUCCCCCAGAUCCGCCGCCCCUCGUUUGCCCUGCGCAGCAAGCAGCGCAAGCGCGACAUGCAGGUCAUGGAGGCCGUGAUGCAGCGCAUGCAGCAGAAGCUGGACCACGUCACCACAUAUCCGCUGCCGCGCGUGCAGCCCAUGCCGCUGCCAACCGACCGCACGGCGCAGCUUGAGCGCGGCGUGGCAGCAGGACGAUCCUCGACGCUGCCGCAGGAACACACGCGCGCAUCCCGCACAUCGGCAUCGUCGCCCGCAUCCGCCCCCUCCCUGUCCGCAUCGCACACAUCACCCUCCCCGCACGCUUCCACAUUGUUUCCACACCAGCACCACCAGCAACAGCAACAGCAACACCACGUGUAUGCUGGGUUGAUGCCUGUCGCUGAGGAGGACGAUGUGUGCCCGAAAGCUUUUGAACACCAUCACUAUCAAACCGUCGACGACACCAUGGACGCACGAGAUGAUGGCGAUGACGACGACGAUGAUGAUGAUGACGAUGAUGACGGCAAUGACGACGAUCACUGUCAGCACCACCAUGACCACAGCAAUCGCCUCCACUUUCACCAGCACCAACAACAACACCGCCACCCAGCACAUGCGGCCAUGUCUGGGGCGGUGGGCUAUAGGAUGGGUCAGGAGCCGGUGUAUGGCCAGUGGUCGCCUGCUGCUCCGUCAUCCAUGCCCAUGCACUCGUCCAUGUCCUCUGGCGCCUCCUCCGCCCCCACCAUGGACACGAGCACAGACACCACCGCGACAGUCUCGUCUGCAGCCCCAUCCGUCGCCAGCUCCAGUGCACACGCACGUCGCUGCCACCACGGCUAUACAGACAGCAUUGUUGUCCACGCCGAUGCCCCACUGUACACGCCCCAGACACUUGCGCCGCCAGACACGUCGAGCGUGCGCGCGUCUGCGGCGACGGCAAAGAAGGCGACUGCAGCCAAGUUCUGCAUCGAGCAGCACUUCAACUACAUGCAGAAGCGCCGCAUCGCCCGCAUCUUCCGCGAGCGAAAACUGCAGGAAGAAAUGGCGAAACAGGGGCUGAGCGACGCGCAGCGGCAGCGCGUGGCAGCGGCGCUGAUUGCGCAAGAGUCUGAGUACCUGCGCCUGUGCCGCCUGCCCAUCAUGCUGGACGACUUUACCCGCAUCAGCCCGCUCGGCCGCGGCGCGUUUGGGGAGGUGUCACUUGUGCGCAGCCGCGAGAACAACUUUGUGUACGCCAUGAAGAGCAUGAAGAAGCUGACGGUGUUGCAGCACGAGCAAGCCGCGCACGUAAAGGCGGAGCGCGACAUUCUCGCAGACGCCGACAACGAGUGGGUUGUCCGCCUCUUCUACGCCCUCCAGGACAGAACACACCUCUACUUUGUCAUGGAAUACGUCCCAGGCGGGGAUCUGAUGAGCCUGCUGAUGAGCGCGGGCUACUUCCCCGAGAGCGUUGCUCGCUUUUACCUGGCGGAGCUCGUCAUGGCCGUCUCCUCCGUGCAUGCGCUCGGCUUUAUCCACCGCGAUAUCAAGCCCGACAACGUCCUCAUUGACGCCAGCGGGCACAUCAAGCUGACGGACUUUGGCCUGUGCACCACGUUUCGCUUCAAGCACGACAGCAGCUACUACAACGGCACCGCCGAGCCGCUUCUGCGCGAAUUUGAGACGGAAUGCACGUGCUCCGUCAUCUGCUCGUGUCCCGAGUGGGCACAGGCGGCGUGCGCGCGGCGGCGGCUCGUGCAGGAGCACCACGCCCGCUCCAUGGCGCACUCGCUUGUCGGCACGCCAAACUACAUUGCCCCAGAGGUCUUCAGCCGCCGCGGCUACAACCACUGCUGUGACUGGUGGUCGCUGGGCGUGAUCCUGUACGAGAUGCUGGUUGGCUAUCCGCCGUUUGUUGGGUCGUCACCCGACCACACCAAGGAGAAGGUGGUCAACUGGCGCACCACGCUCAAGAUCCCGCAGACGGCCCACUUUGGCCUGGCCGCAAAGGACCUCAUCAUGCGCCUCUGCUGCGACGUCCCAGAGCGCCUCGGCACAAAGAACGGCGUCCGCGAAAUCCAGGAGCACCCCUUCUUCCAGGACGUUGCGUGGGACCGGACGAACGAGCCACCGUUCAUCCCCGAGCUGAGUAGCGACGACGACGUGAGCUGCUUCAACCAGGCAGCGCAGCGCGCCCCGCCGCCGCCGCCAGAGCAGCCGGAGACGCCCGAACUCUCGCAGAUGCUUGAGGACAACCAGUACCUCUUCAAGUACUUCAACUUCCGCCGCUUCUGGACCAACCCCUCCUGAACUUGAUAGUUGUCGUGCUGCGUGGGGUGCUGCUGGUAUUGGUGAUGUGACAGCAGGGUGGUGUGUUGUUCCACCCCUGGCUCGCCCUGCUCACGCGUCGUUGUUCAAUGUUGUUGUUGCUGACAUGAUUUGUAGUCUCGGAUAAUCGCCCCCCCCCCCUUUCCCCUCGUCUUUCCCUUCCCCUGCCCCUCCCAUCGUUUGCCAAGCGCCGUGCGCUGUCGCAUACUCGAACGAACCAACAGUUGACAUUGACACACACACACACACUUCACCCUUUCUCUUGUUCCUUGUCGUUGUUUCUGUGUGCUCUCGCGUGACAUUCGCUAUUUCGCUUCUCUUCGCUCGUCUUGGUGUCAUCACUCGCUGUCACGUCAUUUCAUGGCAUUGUGCUGUCUUUCUCAUGCGUGGAAUGUGUGUGAAACGUGAUUUUGGUUUUUGGGACUGGCUACGUUCGCUCUGCGUAUUGUGAUCAUGAGUGACUCCAAGCUUCUUCAUACAAGAUGCAAUUUUAA